AUGAUGAAGAAGCUGCUGAUUCUUCGCCUAAACGGAUCGACUUACGAGGUCGGGCUAGUCAUUUUCUUUCUGUAAUAUUCCUAAUAAAGUUUUACAGUUAAUAGAUUUGAUCGAGUAAAAAAAAAAAACUUUAUUGCGUCAGUAUUUGAGUUUCUAAAACUCUCGUUCUGCUUUAAAACCUGAGUCAUCUUUUUAGACCUGUUAUAAUGAGUUCAGGAGAAGACAGACAGCAGUCUCAGGCUCCUGAUCCUGCUUGCUCACAGCUGUGUGAGGAUUUGGAAACAGAGAUUUCAAGUGGAGGGAUAUCAGAUUCAGAGGAUCCCCCUGUGGACCAGCAGGCUGGAGGAGUUCAUAUGGCUCUCAGCCCUGAAGGCUCUGUGAAGAAAGACAAGACCUUGGAGCUGAGCAUCUUCAACCAUGGAGACAACUUCAACAACGCACCUGAAAUUAUCUCCAUUAUAGAUGAAGAAGCUGACAAAGACUACCUCUACUGUGAGGUUUGCAAAUCCUUUUUCUUCAACAAAUGUGAGGUUCAUGGUCCAGCACUCUUCAUCCCUGAUACGACUGUUCCCAUGGGAGUCCCUGACCGAGCCAUACAAACACUUCCUCCUGGACUAGAGAUUCAGAAUUCCAGUAUUCCUGACGCAGGCCUGGGAGUGUUUAAUAAGGGGGAGACUGUUCCAGUUGGUGCACACUUUGGACCCUACCAGGGAGAGCUGGUUGACGGAGAGGAAGCUGUGAACAGUGGAUACUCCUGGGUGAUAUACAGGAGCGACCAGUACCACAAAUACAUAGAUGCCAAGAGAGAAAUGUAUGCUAAUUGGAUGAGGUAUGUGAAUUGUGCUCGUAAUGAUGAAGAGAAGAAUCUUGUGGCAUUUCAGUAUCGCGGGGGGAUUCUCUAUCGUUGCUGUCAACCUAUUAACCCAGGACAGGAGCUCUUGGUGUGGCCUGAAAAGGAGUAUGCCAAAAAUCUUGGCCCUACAUUUGACUCACUCUGGAUUAAAAAGUGCUUUGAAAAUGAAGUAAACAACGCUCUGUUGCAAGUCUUCUCCUGCUCCUUGCGUCCACUUUCCGAUACAUCUCAAAUAUAUCUCCAGAACCACAUCCAGAGAUGUCACUCUGAGGAAUAUGUGAGAGUGCAGAAAUCACCUGAGAUGGAAUAUAACGUUCAGAUACCCACUAAAGACUUUCUUAGUCAACAAACAUCACCUGGUACUCUUGACUCCGACACCUCUGUCAAAGAAAUGCAGAAGGAAAUUCACCACUGCUCACAGUGUGGGAAAUGUUUUUCUUACCAGAGUCAUCUCCAAACACACCAGCGCAUUCACACAAGAGAAAAGCCGCAUCACUGCUCAGAGUGUACGAAAAGUUUUUCUCAUCAGAGUGCUCUUCAACGACACCAGAGAAUUCACACAGGAGAGAAGCCGUAUCACUGCUCACAGUGUGAAAAGAGUUUUAAUCAACAGAGUACUCUCCAAACACACCAGCGCAUUCAUACAGGAGAGAAGCCGUAUCACUGCUUACAGUGUGAGAAGAGUUUUAAUCGACAGGGUGAUCUCCAACGACACCAGCGCAUUCACACAGGAGAGAGGCCGUAUUCAUGCUUACAGUGUGGGAAGAGUUUUUACCGACAGAGUGAUCUCCAACGACACCAGCGCAUUCAUACAGGAGAGAAGCCGUAUCACUGCUCACAGUGUGGAAAGAGUUUUAAUCAACAGAGUACUCUCCAAACACACCAGCGCAUUCACACAGGAGAGAAACCGUAUUCAUGCUUACAGUGUGGGAAGUGUUUUAAUCACCAGAGUAAGCUCCAAAAACACCAGCACCUUCAUACUGGAGAGAAGCCAUAUCACUGCUCACAGUGUGGAAAGAGUUUUGCAGCCAAAUUUAAUCUCCAAACACAUCAGAGCAUUCACACAGGAGAGAAGCCGUAUUCGUGUUCGCAAUGUGGGAAACGUUUUAUUUACCAGAGUCACGUCAGAAAACACCAGCGCAUUCACACAGGAGAGAAACCGUAUCAAUGCUUACAGUGUGGAAAGAAUUUUCAUCAAAAAAGUACUCUCAAAGUACACCAGCGCAUUCACACGAGAGAAGCCGUAUCAGUGCUCACUGUGUGAGAGGAGAUUUAGUCACCAGUGUAAUCUGCGAAAACAUCAGAGCAUUCACACAGGAGAGAAGGCAUAUCUUUGCUCACAUUGUGGAAAGAGCUUUACUCGAAAGGGUGACCUAAGAAAACACUAGCGCAUUCACACAGGAGAGAAGCCAUAUCAGUGCUCACAGUGUGAGAAGAGUUUUACACAACAAAGUAUUUCACUUAUUCAGUUACAUUGAAGACUCAUGAGUGCAUUAAAACGGAGCCAUUGCAUAAUUUUUAUUUGUCAAAUUAAAGAUGAUUAUCA